CCCUCAAAAAAGCCACUACAAAAUCUCAAUCACAAAUAACAAAGAGAACCAUCCCAAGUUUCAAAAUCAUAAGCAGCUAAUAUUGUUUAGUCUUAUCAUCAACAAUCAUGUGUAACCAAAAGUACUACGGAGAAGAAAGAGCCUCAACGUCUUUCCUUAGGCUUCGGCUUUUCAUGGGAAAACUGCAAAAGCGUUUCUCGGUUUUAUCAGCUGCCAAAGAAUUGGAAGUGCCAACCACAGUACCCGACGAUGUGAAGGAAGGGCAUUUCGCGGUGUCGGCAGUGAAGGGUGCUGAGAAGAAGAGGUUUGUUGUUAAGCUUAAGUACUUAACUAGCCCCGCGUUUAUGAGACUACUUGAGCAAGCUGAGGAAGAAUAUGGAUUCGAACAAACCGGAGCUCUUGUGGUUCCUUGCCGUCCGGACGAAUUACACAAGAUUUUAGAAAGAAAUUGUGGAGAUAAGAUCAAAUUUUAAUGACCUGGGCUACACAUGACCUUCAUGUAAUCUUAAAUUUUCUAUAGGGAUACUAGGUAACCUAACUCAUGUUAUUCUUUCACUGGUAUAAGUAAUUUAUCCAAUUUUUUUA